UGGAGGAUCACCGGCCUCUCACAUCACCAGUUAAGGAAGAGAGAACAACACCCGAGAGAUGUCCCAGUCCUCUUCUUCCACAGGAUAAUUCAGAAAAACAUCACUAUGUCCCACAGGAUGAUUGGGUAGAGGGAUAUAAGGGCAUCAUGAUGGAGAAUCGCCAGCCCCUCACAUCACCAGUUAAGGAAGAGAGAAGAACACCACCGGAGAGAUGUCCAUGUCCUCUUCUUCCACAGGAUGGUUUAAAAGAACAUCACAAUGUCCCACAGGAUGAUCAGGUCAUAUAAAACCUUCCACACGACUUCUCCAACCGUCUGAUGACUUCUACAAUAUUUCUUUCACAGCUUGUGAAUCCGGGUGAAGAUCUGAACAAUAUUAAUCCUACAGAGACAUAUGUGAGGGGCGAUGAGCAGAGUACAGAGGACAUUCCUACAGAUAACCGCCCAGAGGACUGUACCAGGAACUUAGAGAAACAUCUGGUAUCUUCAGAUCUUGAAGUAGAUGAUCGUGGUAUCAUACAAGAUAUAUAUGAAGAGCAUGCCAAUAUCCAAGAUAUAUCUUCAUCCAAUCACGGCAAAAAUGUAUUAUUUGAUCCUUUUAAACAGGUCCAAUCUUCUUAUUCAUCACAGACUGUAACACAGAAUAAAAGUCACAGAAAAGGUGUUAAACAUCCAACAGCUCAUGUAAGAGAGAAGACUUUUUCAUGUUUAGAAUGUGGAAGAUUUUUUAGAUAUAAAUCAGAAUUAGUGAUACAUCAGAGAAAUCACACAGGGGAGAAGCCAUAUUCAUGUUCAGAAUGUGGGAAAUGUUUUAAGUAUAAACAAGGUCUUGUUGUACAUCAGAGAAUUCACACAGGAGAGAAUCCAUAUCCAUGUUCAGAAUGCGGUGAAUGUUUUAAGCAUAAAUCAGCUCUUGUUAUACAUGAGAGAAAUCACACCGGGGAGAAGCCAUUUUCAUGUUCAGAAUGUGGGAAAUGUUUUAGCAAUAAUUCGCAUCUUGUUGUACAUCAGAGAAUUCACACAGAAGAGAAGCCAUUUUCAUGCUCAGAAUGUGGGAAAUGUUUUAAGUAUAAACAAGCUCUUGUUGUACAUCAGAGAAUUCACACAGGAGAGAAGCCAUAUCCAUGUUCAGAAUGCGGUGAACGUUUUAAGCAGCAAUCGGCUCUUUUUUUUCAUCAGACAGUUCACACAGGGGAGAAGCCAUUUUCAUGCUCAGAAUGUGGAAAAUGUUUUAAGCAGAAAUCAACUUUUGUUACACAUCAAAAAACUCACACAGGGGAGAAGCCAUUUUCAUGUUCAGAAUGUGGGAAAUGUUUUAACAAUAAUUCACAUCUUGUUGUACAUCAAAGAACUCACACAGGUGAGAAGCCAUUUUCAUGCUCAGAAUGUAGUAAAUGUUUUAAGUAUAAACAAGCUCUUGUUGUACAUCAGAGAAUUCACACAGGAGAGAACCCAUAUCCAUGUUCAGAAUGCAGUGAAUGUUUUAAGCAUAAAUCAGCUCUUGUUUUCCAUCAGAGAGUUCACACAGGGGAGAAGCCAUUUUCAUGUUCAGAAUGUGGGAAGAGUUUUAACAAUAAUUCAGCUCUUAUUAGACAUCAAAGAGUUCACACCGGGGAGAAGCCAUUUUCAUGCUCAGAAUGUGAAAAAUGUUUUAAUCAGAAAUCGGCUCUUAUUACACAUCAAAAAACUCACACGGGGGAGAAGCCAUUUUCAUGUUCUAAAUGUGGGAAAUGUUUUAACAAAAAUUCACAUCUUGUUGUACAUCAAAGAACUCACACAGGAGAGAAGCCAUUUUCAUGCUCAGAAUGUAGUAAAUGUUUUAAAUAUAAACAAACUCUUGUUGUACAUCAGCGAAUUCACACAAGAGAAGUCAUAUCCAUGUUCAGAAUGCGGUGAAUGUUUUAAACAUAAAUCAGCUCUUGUUUUCCAUCAGAGAAUUCACACAGGAGAGAAUCCAUUUUCAUACUCAGAAUUUGGAAAAUGUUUUAAUAAGAAAUCCGCUCUUGUUACACAUCAAAAAACUCACAGAGAGAAACCAUCUCCAUGCUUAGCCCUUUAGUGACCUCACUUAUGUGUUUUUAUGGUAGUCAGUGUCGCUAACUGGCUUUAUUCCGUCACACUCUUUUUUUUUACACAGAGA